UUUGCUCUCCUUUUCACACUCGUUCGCACUCUCCUGUUUCGCUCUCUCGCUCGCACGCUUUCCAUUGCUUACACGCAUUGGUUCAACUGUGGACCGAUUUUCGCGUUUUCCAGCGCGUGUGUUUCACAAUCGAUUUUCAUUCGGUGGCACCCGGUGGUUGAGUGGCAUGUAGGGAAAGGGAGUUCCCCGAAGUCCGAAGAACGGCUCGUUGUUUGCGUUUCCGCGACCAGCCGACCAGCUGUACCGAUCGUGGAAGGAAAGGGCCGAAGCGCGGCACGGCUGCCGCUACUGCUGCUGCUGUUUGGUGUUGGCUUGCAGUUACUCGCGUGGUCGCCAGUGAUUCGGUUCUCUUUCCUAUCCGCUCCCGCUUAGUUUACAGCAAGUACAAACGAUAACAACAACAGUGAAUUAUUUUUGUUCAACAAAACAACACCCUAAAACUAUCGUCAACCACUGUGCAUCCCUGUUUCCACACAAGUGUGCUCUCCGUGUUGCUAGUGUAAUUAAACCUGCUUCACAGUUUACAUCAGCCAGCACAAUGAUAUAACUUUGCUUCCCUUUCGGUUCGCUGUAGGCGUCGCGCAAUCAUCACCAGACCACACAUGUGAUUGUCCGUGCGGUACGUUUAGCUUCGUUUAACUACCAUUUCACCUUUUCCACUUAAACCCACGUACACAAACACACACACGUACAAAGAAGCAAGAUGGGAGAAGGUUGGAUGCAUGGUGAAUAUUAAAGUGUUUGCUGUAAAAGUGUGAUACGCGAUGCCGCAUGAAGCGAUGGAGCAGCCCAGUCGCUCGUGCACCGUCGUCGGCGUGUAAGUUACCUUUCGGACCGCAAACACACACACACGCGCGCGCGCUUCUACCCCAGUUUGGGAUGGGCAACUUCGGCUGAAUGAAUCUGUCUCGUCAGUUAAUUGUGUCGCUUUGUGCGGGGUGUAAUAAGUGCUGUGUAAGAGGCUCGUGAAGGUUCGUUUGAGGCGAGUCGCGUGGUGUGGUGCAUGGUGCGACGAUUGCAUGCAAUUUGCGGAUAAAUCAACAAAACCAGCUAAUGCUUCGAUCGAACAAAAAAAGAAACAAAACCCAACAAACAAACCAAACAACCAAAAAGCUCGAGCUAAUCGAAAAUAUCGUCCACAACCACCGAGAGAGAGAGAGAGUGCAGCCCACGUGGUAUGGUGCCUGUGUUUCCUGGGCUUGGCUCACUUGAUCUUGCUUGCGUGAAGAGUGUGUAUGUGCGGUCAAAGUUUCAUGUAACGUUGGAAACGGAGCGCCGCGUGUGCGUGUUUGCGUAGUGUUUGUGCGGCACGGCACACGAAAUUGAUUGAUUUGGCAAAUGGAACGUGAAGAAGGUUUAUCUGAUCGGUCACACAAAGGGAAGCGAUCCUUCCUGUGUCUGGCGGAUGGAUGUUGGUAGAAAACGGAGGGGGAAAACAGCACAAAAGAAGAGUUCACCGGAAGAGGUGAAAAAAGGCAAUAAAACUUAUCUACGGAAAACAAUUCGUCCGUCUUUCGACGUUCCCAUCUGUUCUCCACCACAGCAAAUACUCGAUUUCGUUCGAUUCUACACGGCCCCGAAGGAGGGCCCCAAGCUCCAAGCUAAAUUGGUUUUGUGCUAAAAGCGAAAGUGAACCGAUUCUAUUUAUUUACCCCUGCUGCUGAUGGUCGGUGUUCCCGAAUCGGUCGAUGGAGGAGUUCUCCUCUCCUGUCUUUUGUGCUUUUGUUUGUUCUAACCUGCCCCACUCGACGGGACGCAAUCAAUUGAAGCACGUUUACGUAUUUUCACCCACCGCUUCCCGGCUGUGACAUCCGCCCCAUCCGCCCCAGCAGAAGCUAAAUGAGUGUAGGCAGCAAGCGUCUGCCAGCAAGCGCUGCCCGGGAACGGAACACUGUAGAACGAACGACGAAACGUGUGCGAACCGUGUUUUCGUGGUAAACGUGAGCCUGUUGUUACAAUGUUAUUGCAAUUAGAUGGUGCUAUAGAAGCGACUGCCUCCAGCGAACGAUUACAGCGCAGCAGCAGCAGCAGCAGGACAAAGGACAUCAUUACAGCGCCGUGGAAUGAAGCCAUCAAUGGUACCGUACUCGGCAAAACCGUACCCAGAAACGCGACCGUCAGUAGGCCGACCGAGGCUCGAUCGUACGCACACGUAACUGGUUCGAUGGCGCACGGCAAUAGUAGCAGUGGCACGCUAGCGUCGGCCCUCGUGCCACCGAGAGCGCCGAACGGUACGGUCGCAACGUCCACCACACCCACCGAACAGCCCGCCCGAAAGGUUGACAUAUUAAUCUAUCCAACAGUUUCGCCGGAGACGAUCGUCGUACCGAUCCUGUCCUGUAUCGUUGGCUUCCCCAUCUUUGCCCUGCUCGUCAUCUGCUGCCUGCGGCGCCGUGCCAAGAUUGCCCGCGAACGUGACCGGCGGCGAAACUUCGAUCUCAAGGCAAACACCAUUACGCUCGUUCGCUUCAAUUCGCACCACCUCGGCAAUCAGCGUUCGAUUCUGCUACAGUCGAGGGAGAGCCUGAGCCGCGGAUACCCUUCCCUCGAUCUGGAUACGGUGUACGAGGAGAAGAGUGAUACGCAUGGCAGCAGCCAGCUUGAUUCGCCCGCCGCCCACAUGCUGCUGACCGAUCCACCCUCCGACACGGACAACGAGCAGUGCUAGCAUUCGGAGAGUCCGGUCGGUUCGAGGGCACCGAGCCCAACGGAACUGACCGGACCGCUCCUGCCGAUCCGUACCAACACGAUCACCGGCACGAUCGCAACCGCCGCCUACGGUGCGUACGGCAAAGAUCGGGACGAUACGGUGCUCGAGCUGGUCCGUGGCAAGCGGAAACGGUUUCGCAACACCAAACACAAACGGUUGGCCGUUUCGCACAGCGAGACGAAUCUGACCGGGCUGGGCCGAACGCACGCAGCGUGUAGUAGCGGCGUCAUCAGCCCGGCAUCAGCACGAUCGCCACGGGAAGGAAGGGAUGCAGCACGCGAUGGACGUACCAGUACCACCAGCUUUGACGAAACGACGACGACAUCGGCCAAGACGGCUACGGCCAAGGACGGCAAACCACCGGCUAGAUAUGGGUCGCGCAAGAAGGCACCCCGGGUGCAGCGGCAGAAGGAGGUGUGCGAAGGUAUCCGGGCACCGCUCUGGACCACCCUGACCCACGCACAGACAAUAAGUGACUAUGAAAUCUGAACAGCUUCCCAGCCGCAGCAUCGCGUUCAGGUCGGGCGAAGGCACUGGCUGCGUUUUACUGUUUUGUUUACGCGGCAUCUGUCCUUUGCGGCAUCGACUGGUAGUUAGGAAAACGUGGCUAGAUUUCAUAUAACCAAACAGUUUUGGAAUGUAGUAACAAAGUGAGGGAGAGAGAGAGAGAGAGAGGGUUGAUGAGAAUUUUCUUGUGGUUUUGGGUUGGCCAAGCUAAAACCUUGUUAAUUAUAUAGCCAUAAUGUUGGGUCGGAGGAAGAGAAUUAAGCAUUAAGCAUAACGCAACACCAGUUUAGGUCGAAUACCGGUUGAUUGAUACAAUGAGAUGAGAUUGAGCAAUAAGCAACAAAAACACAUACACAUAACGGGUCAUAAAGGAAUGAAUAUAUAAAUGCGUAGCUAAGCAAAGCAUCUUGUUGAAAUAAACUUUUAAAUAAAUGCAAACUUUAAAUCUAACGGGUCUUUGGUAAUCCCCCCAAAAAGGUACAUAAAAAAGAGGACAAAUAAUCCCAUUAAUCGAUUACUAUAUACACGUGCAAACGAGCAGUAGCUAUGUAUACAAUACCUAUAUACCGAUGUUGAAAUGACAUGAUAUGAUAUGAUAUGAUAUAUAUAUACAACUUUCAUCGCGCUGCAUGUAAUUUUUAUCCUUACCCAAGUAACGGUUUCUUUGUGGGGUUCGUUCGAGGGUUUGCUUGAUGCAGUGUACGAGGGACGAAUUUAGCAAGAGAUGUGUAACAAAGCACGUUGGUAAUAGACUUCGUGCGCGCAAAUAUACAAUUGAAAUGCACGAGAGGGAGAAUAACAAAGAGAUUCUAACAUUCAAAAUGUAACAAACGUAAGGGCUUCGCCUUCUCUUCACUUCGUGUGCUUGAGGCGAGCCAUCGAGACGGGUCCGUUUGUCGCGGUUUCAAAGCAUUUAGCAUUUAGUAAUUGUGAGAGUAUAUGUAUGUGUAUGUGUGCGUGUGUGUUUCAUUUCCAAAAAUGCCAAAUAACAAACUCUGUGGAUUGUCAAUGUUAAACAACAAAGAAAAUUAUAUAUAUAUACUAUACUAUACCAUACAUACCCCUUAU